AGCCGGGCAGCUGCGCCCUCCUCCCUUCCCCAGUAUCACCGCCCCCGGCCGCACAGCUUUCAGGAUGGCCGGGCAGAGCCGGAGCGCGGUGCUGAGCUGCCUGCUGAUCUGCGCCCUGUGUGCGCCCUGUGCCGCCCGGAACCUGAGGAAGAGAGCUCUGCACCUGAGAGUCACCGACAAGGACGAGGAUUAUGAAUACCCGUUGUACCCACACAACACCAACUACCAGAAGAACGACCGCUGUCCUCCCCCACCUCAGACCCUGCCAGAGCGAGCCUGCGAUGUCCUGAGCUGCAGAUCUGACUCAGAAUGUGAACGCCACAAGCGGUGCUGCUUCAAUGGAUGUAUAUAUGCCUGUCUGGAGUCUGUGCAGCCCCCUCCAGUGCUGGACUGGCUGGUGCAGCCCAAACCUCGCUGGCUAGGAGGGAACGGAUGGUUAUUAGAUGGACCUGAGGAAGCAUUACAAGCGGAAGCCUGCAGCACAACAGAAGAUGGGGACGAACCUCUUCACUGCCCUACAGGGUAUGAAUGUCAUAUAAUAAACCCUGGCAGCCCAGCGGAGGGCAUCCCAAAUAGAGGACAGUGCAUCAAGCAGAGGGGUAACUCAGAUGGGAGGAGCCUGAGACACAAAUAUCCCAAGGAUUAUAAUGGAGGGAAUUAUAACAACGUGGUAGUUGCAGUCGAUAAACAGACUCAGAAGCAGCUUGGAUAGAGGAAGUUACUGACCCCCUAUAGAGGAUAAACAGAGUGACGUCAGUCAUCAGCCACGAGGAGAUCUAAUCCUGUAAUAAUAAAUAAAAUACAUUUUCAUUAAUGACGGUGCUACAACAACAACCGCGGAACCUGAAUCUUACACUCAUUCCUGCGCCAGACCCUUUAUCGCCCUCCGACCAAUUAGAUGAAGGAUAUUGCUGCGCCAGUAUUCAGUCAUGUCUGGUGGGACAGAGAUUUGGAAUUCUGGUAACUUCCACAAUUGGUAACUGCUGAAUUGAUGAAGCCUUAAACCAUACUGAAAUGCACUUAGAUUUUUUUUCUAGUUUUUAUAGAGCGGCACCAGCUUGGCCAAGGGGCGGAGUAUCAAUCACCAAAUAUUUUAGAAGUAGCGCGAGCCAAAUCUAAUUAAAUCUUCUAUGUUUAGAACCAUUAUCCCUGUUUGUGUUCUCUAUGGCAACCAUCUAGGGUGCAUGCACACCAGGUUUUUUCAAUACAGUUCCUGUAUCAGGAUUCCUCAAAACCCAACUAAACUGUAUCAAAACGUGUGUACAAAUUUCAACUCUUAUACGGUUAAAAACCGUAUACGGUUUGAAAAAUGAUAUCCGGUUGCAUCCGUUUUUUAAGAAAAAACGUAUAAGUUUUUAACUUUUCACUCCAUUUUGAAUAAAGUUUCACUUGUUUGAUUGAAAUUCCAAGAAAAAAAACUGUGCAAAGUCAAAAACCGUAUGGUGAAAACCGGAUGGAACCAUACGCACAUACAGUUCCCAUUGAAUCCCAUGUAAAAAAAAAAAAAAAAAACAUAUACGGUUUAAUACGUUUUUCACCCGGACCAAAAAACGUGGUAGACUACGGUUUGGGGUUACGGGUAAAAAAAGGACAAAACCGUAUAAGACGCAAAACGGACUAAACCGGAUGAUGCGUUUGACAGAUGGUUUACAAUGUUAAGUCUGUUAAGUCAAUGCAUAAGGUUUUCUAUACGGUUCCGUAUGGCUUUUAACUUGAAACCGUAUACGGGAACUGUAUAGCAAAAACGUGGCGUGCAUGCACCCUUACACCGAUAAUCUGAGCCCUUAGACUUCAAAUCAGCUGCCGUCCAGUAGAGCAAAUGAGUAAACAUGUCCAUCACCAGCAUUACUACUGUAUACAACUAUGUCCUAAAAUGGGGAGCUGGGGGCACAUAUGGGGCAACUCUACCAAUUCUUAUAGCUACUUCUGUCUCACAUGACCUUGGAUGCCACCCUCUCUUGAAGUUGCCACGUAGCCCUUGCUGGCAUAGAACAUGUAGGGAUCGUGAUGUUAUCACUUAUAAGGAAUGCAACUGAUGUAUUAGAUGAUUUCACCACUCUUAAGAAUUUUAAUAAAGACAGAAUCUUCCAGAUGGGCGAGGAUGGUUGGUUAGACUAGUGCACGUAUCUGAGUCAGCUGAGUUUGUAAGCAUUCCACAAGUCAUUUACUGACAAUCAGGAUAUCAAUCGACCACGCCUGUUGCAGUUCUCUGUGGAUGGUGCAGCGGUUUUGGAGUCAUUAGGGUCUAUUUAUAUGGCAAAAUUUCCGCUUACGGAAUUCCCCCUCAAAUGAAAGCCCUUUGACUUCUAUGGGAUUCCGCACUCCCAUUC